AACAGCAGAGAUAUGAUUUUAGGAUUCCUUAGGGAGCUGUACACCUGGCAUUGAAGUGAGCUAGCAUUAUUGAACUAUCUUGCAAACAGGGUUACUACACACACUGUGUCACAGCUUUCUGAAGUCAGUAUUUACAUGUGUAUGCGAGAUUAAUGGGUGAACAAUAUAAAGAGGGACACCAUGCCUUACUCAAUCAAGGAGAGGAAAAUGAGAUGGACAUAUUCGGAUAUAAGAAACAUCUUUGCCGACAAAUAUUGUGCAUUCUCGGUUAUAUCUUCUCUCUUGGGUUCCUCUGGCUUUUAUUCUACUGGAAGCCAGAGUGGUAUGUGUAUGCGAACUGUAUUCCAUGUUCCCUCCAAGAAGCCAAUAUUGUUCUACUUACAUCUACGGAUCAAUUCAAAGAACAAAACUGGAAAAAGGUCCAGAGCAUCCAGUUAUCGGAGAAGAACUACAGAUCUUACAGUGCCAACACAAAGGAUGCAGGUUCUGUCUUUAACAGAGCUGUGAUCAAUGAUCAGCUUCACGUUCGAUACAUACAAGUACAGAAAAUCCGCUACAUAUGGGAUGACUGCGAGAAACAGUUUACAAAAUCUGGAGUGUUAGAAGAUAGCUACACAUGUGCAGCUGUACAUGAUAAAUUUGGGUAUGGUUUUAUGCAAGAAGAGCAGGAAUUUCGGAGACAUGUAUGUGGACCUAAUAUCAUUGAUGUUGGAAUUCCUCCAAUAUGGAAAUUACUUGUUAAAGAGGUUUUAAAUCCCUUUUAUGUGUUCCAGCUCUUCAGUGUGUGUCUUUGGUUUGCAGAAGAAUACAAUGAAUAUGCGGGGGCAAUUAUACUCAUGUCUUUAGUUUGCAUAGCUUUAUCUGUGUACACGUUAAGAAAGCAAUCCGUUAAACUGCACAGACUAGUUGAAUCACACAAUAACAUCAUGGUUUCUGUGUAUGGAAAACAAACAGGAGUUUAUGAAGAACAGUCUCGUAAUUUGGCUCCUGGAGAUGUCCUAGUUAUCAAAAGAAACUCUAUCUUACCUUGUGAUGCAUUGCUUAUUAGUGGAGGAUGCAUUGUGAAUGAAAGCAUGCUUACAGGAGAAAGUAUUCCAGUAACAAAGACUCCUUUGCCUAAUACGGAUGAUACACAGCCAUGGAAAGUUCACAGUGUGCAUGAUUACAAAAGACACAUUCUCUUUUGUGGAACAGAAGUCAUCCAAUCCAAAGGUUCUGAUCUAAACCCAGUGAAAGCCGUUGUGAUGAAAACAGGUUUUAAUACAGCCAAAGGGGAUUUGGUGCGAUCUAUUCUUUAUCCCAAACCAGUAAACUACAAGCUGUUCAGAGAUGCUUUAAUAUUCCUUUGUUGUCUUAUUGGACUGUCCCUCAUUGGAAUGAUCUAUGCAGUGUGCAUAUUUUCUCUAAAAGGGACUGAAGCUGGAGAAGUAGUGAAAAAGGCUCUGGAUGUCAUCACCAUUGCUGUUCCUCCUGCACUCCCUGCUGCUCUCACUGCAGGAAUCAUCUAUGCCCAGAAAAGGCUUGAGAAAACUGGAAUAUUCUGCAUCAGCCCUCAAAGAAUCAACCUCUGUGGGACACUCAACCUGUUCUGCUUUGAUAAGACGGGAACUUUGACAGAAGAUGGAAUGGAUCUUUGGGGAGUAGUCCCUUCCAAAGGAUAUCAGUUUCAGGAUUUAAUCCAUUUAGCAGAAGACACUCCACUGCCUUGGGGACAUCUGUUUGGAGCCCUGGCCUCCUGCCAUUCGCUGAUUACCCUGGAUGGCAAAGUGCAAGGAGAUCCACUGGAUGCGAAAAUGUUUGAAUGCACUGGUUGGGUGAUCGAAGAUCUUGAGGAAGAAUCUACCCAAUCAGUGACUCUAAAACCUGGUCCUAAUGAAUGCAACGUCCAUGCGGAAGGCAUUGCUGUUUUGCAGCAGUUCCCAUUCUCAUCUGGAUUACAACGCAUGUCCGUUAUCACCCAAGUUCUUAAUGAGGUUGGCUAUUCAGUAUACAUGAAAGGAGCUCCUGAGAUGGUGGCUUCAUUUUGCAAGAAAGAUACAGUUCCAAGUAACUUUUCAGAUGAGUUAGAACUUUACACGAAGCAGGGGUUCCGAGUCAUUGGAUUGGCUUAUAAAACACUGGAAGACCAAGAACAUUUUAAUGUAUCUGCUUUAAAAAGGGAGGAAGCAGAGUGCAACCUUAAUUUUCUCGGACUAUUGGUGCUGGAGAAUCGACUAAAGUUAGAAACUAAACCAGUAUUAAGGGAGCUUGCGAGCGCCAACAUAAGGACGGUCAUGAUAACAGGAGAUAAUCUCCAGACAGCUGUUACUGUUGCUAAAAACUGUAGAAUGAUCGCUGAAGGAAGCAGUGUUAUUCUGAUUGACGCAAAGGAACCCAAUGGAUCCAACCUGCAAUCUGUCACAUGGACCCUGGUACAAGGUAGCAAGACAAAAGUUUCUGAGUUAAAGGAAAUUUGCCUGAACAUUGAAGAUGCGCCGAUAAGUUACAAUGAUAAGCCUCAAUACCAUUUUGCCAUGACUGGUAGCUCUUACCAAGUUCUAUCUCACUAUUAUAAAAAUCUCCUUGAGAAGAUAUUGAUAAAUGGAACUAUUUUUGCUCGAAUGUCUCCAGGGGAUAAAUCAAGUCUUGUAGAGGAAUUUCAAAAAUUAGGAUAUUAUGUGGGCAUGUGCGGUGAUGGUGCCAAUGACUGUGGAGCUUUGAAAAUGGCUCAUGUUGGAAUUUCAUUAUCAGAACAAGAGGCCUCUGUAGCAUCACCGUUUACAUCACAAACACCAAAUAUAGAAUGUGUUCCAAAGCUCUUAAAAGAAGGAAGAGCUGCACUUGUUACCUCUUUCUGCGUUUUCAAAUACAUGGCGCUAUACAGUAUGAUACAGUAUGUUGGUGUACUGCUACUUUAUUGGCAAUUAAACACUUACUCCAAUUAUCAGUUCCUUUUUCAAGAUUUGGCCAUAACCACCGUAAUCAGUGUGACCAUGAGUCUUAACCAUGCAUAUCCAAAACUGGCCCCUUACAGACCACCAGCUCAGCUUAUCUCACCACCACUUCUUUUGUCUGUGAUUCUGAAUAUCAUCUUGAGCAUGGCUUUGCAAAUAUGUGGCUUUCUCAUUGUCCAAGAUCAGGUCUGGUACAGCAGCAUUCCCAUAAUCAGGGUCUGUACUCAUCUUGAUAGCAGUGGCCUAAACAAUGUAACCGAUUCAGGCAGUACAUCAAACUCAACAGCGGGGCCAAGUUCAUUCCAGACUUAUGAAGACACCACUGUAUGGCUUCUGGGUACUUUUAACUGUCUGAUUGUAGCAUUUAUGGUCUCUAAAGGAAAACCAUUCCGACAGCCUAUCUAUACCAACUAUAUUUUUGUGAUUGUUAUUUUGUUCCAAAUGGCAGUUUGUCUUUUCCUUCUUUUUGCUGAUAUUGAGAACUUGUACACUGCUAUGGAACUUGUGUGCACUCCUAUACUGUGGCGAGGUGCUAUCAUAAUAAUACUGCUGAUUGCAUUUGUGAUUUCAUACAUUACAGAGGAAACAAUAAUUGAAAAUCGAGCACUUUGGAAUAUGCUAAAACGGCUAUUUCGAUAUCAAUCAAAGAGCCCAUACAAGAAGCUACAACGCCUGUUAGCCACAGAAGAAGAUUGGCCUCCAGUCAACAGAAAAGACCACUCUCUACCCACUAACUUUGUACAAAACAGUAAAAUGGGAGAAUAUGUUAACCCAACUUUUGAGAGUAAUGAGAACUGUUUAUGAGAAUAAUUAUAUAAAAUUGUGUUUUUAGUAGUUAAAUUAAUUUUUUUAUGUAUAUUUUUAAAUGAAAAUAAUUAGGGACAUUAAACCAUUGUGUACAGAUAGAAUGUUUGCGUUUCUCCUUUCCUUGUUUUUUGUUAUAUACUAACUUUUAUUGUAUGAUAUUUCCUCUUGGCUACAAUUUUUAGACAGCAUUUUAUUUAAUGUUCAUUUGAUAUACGGUGACUUGAAUUAGUUUGUGACCUGUACUAUUGUAUAUCUAUGUACAGUACAUGCUGCAUGGAACAUUUUGUAAGUGCAGCACAGAGAAAAUAUACUUGACUAGAUCU